AUGGAUACUAUUAAACGAAAAUCACCUGUUGAUUAUCUAUCAAAAAAAUUUCGAAAUGAAAGUCAUCAAUCGAUAAAUUACAUUGAAAAUAUGUCAAACGAAUGUUUUUUUGAAAUAUUCGAUUAUCUUGAUGGUUAUGAAAUCUAUGAAGCAUUUUCAAAUUUAAAUUCUCGUUUUCAACAACUACUUUAUAGUUCAACACUUUUAUAUAAAAUCAAACUUGAUGUUUCAACAUCAGAAGAAAUAUUUAAGAAGAAUUACAGUCAACUUAUAGAUCGUCAUCAGUCUCGAAUAUUUUCAAUUCAUUUAAUAAUGAAGAACGUUAUGUUUCCUGCAACAUCGUUAUUUAUUGUUAUUUCACAAUGUAUGCAUCUUGAAUCACUCGUUCUUUAUAAUAUCAGAGCACAUUUACUUCAUUCACUUCUUAAAAAUUUAACUAAAUUACCUUGCUUAUUCUUAUUAAAAAUUAAUACACACAAUAGUUUCACCUUACAAGAAAUAAGUGAUACCUAUCAAUUCACAUUCGCCUUACCAAAAUUAAAAUAUUUCGAAUUUGAUACAGAUACAUAUGACACUACUAACUUAAUACUUCCAUUAUCAAUUGCUACUCAUCAACAAUUCAGUCAUAUCACAUGUUUUUGUAUUGGCCAAUCUUGUAGUUAUAAAGAAUUAUUUCCUAUUAUAUCUUAUACACCAGAACUUUAUCGUUUGAAAUUAUCAUAUGCAGUUUAUGAUGAUGAACCAGACAUCGAAAAUGUUUUAAAAAUUUCAUUAAAAAAUUUAAAGUAUCUUUCAUUCGAACGGUUUGAAAUGGAAUUUAAUGAAUUAAAAUUAUUUAUGAACAAAAUUCUUAUACCCAAAUUAGAAUUUUUACGUGUCAAUGUUGAAUAUAAUGAUAUAGUCUGUUUUAAUGCUAAUCAAUGGGAAGAAUUAAUUUGUAAAAAUUUUCCUCAUUUGAAAAAGUUUUAUUUAAAAUAUCCAGAAGACUAUCAUCGUGAAUGUGUAAUUUUGAAAAAUUCUACUCAACUGAAGCAAUUCUUCUCCUCGUUUUGGAUUGAACGACAAUGGUUAUUGAAUAUCGAAAUCAAUGAUAGUAGUAUUAUCUAUGGAAUUCAUCCAUCUACACGAAAUGAUGGUAUCAAUUCUUCUACUCAAUUUAUCCUUAGAAGUAAUAAUUAUUCUGAUGAAUUUUGUAUCUUAUUAAAAUCAGCUAUUGAUUCUUUAUCACCUACAAUUGGACAAAUUUAUGAUUUAGAAAUUUCAGAUAUUUCUCUCAAUAGAUUUAUUCAAAUUCUAAAUUUCUUACCGAAACUUAGUUCAUUAAAAAUUUCUUCUUUAUCAUUAAAACAAUGCAAAUGUUUAUCUAAUGAUGAAAAAGAACGUCUCAAUUUUAUAACAAAUCAAAAUCAAAUCAGAAAAAUUAUUUUAGAACAAAUGAAUGAUAUUGAAGAAAUUAUUUUUCUUCUUGAACAUUUUACUCAAAUGACUUAUCUUAAAAUAGAUUCAAUUAAUACUCUUCACAUGGAAUUAUUUCUACGAAUUAUUUUAUUAAAGAUCCAAACGAAGCCAAAUCAUCAACUAAAAUUAUUGUCAUUUUACAUAUCAGCAGCAGACGAUAAAAUGAUUGAAACAUUACAAACAAUGAUUGAUUUUGAAAAACUUCUAUUUAAUUAUACAAUUAAACGUUCAAUGGAAAAUAUCAUUCUGGAAUGGACAUAA